AUCACUCAAAGCAUACAAUAUAUAUAUCUGUCAAGAAUCGAGAGUCUUGUCACACUGUUGAGACACUUGUAACUUGACCGAGUAGUCAGCCCAAAUCCAAAUAGCGAAGUCACCAUGGCAGCGCCGCCGUACGAUGGCUCUGGGAUAGAAAUAUACAACAUCCCACGAUUCACAUUCUCCAACGGAACAACACUAUAUGAUGUCAAGGUGGCAUAUCGGCGAUGGAACGCAGGAUCUUCACUUGGGACGGUGCUGAUUCCGACAUGUUUUGGGGGACACAUUAACACCACGCUCAACUUUCGUCAGGCGCCGCUGGACGCUCUCGCCGAGUACGAGGUGAUAGUGGUAGCGAUGUUGGGCAACGGCGAGAGCGCAUCGCCGAGCAACAAGGCCAUUUUCCCAGAGCCUGGAGAGCUGCGGUAUACGGAUGUGGUGAAAGCGCAGCACGCGCUGUUGACAGAGCAUCUAGGGAUAACAUCGUUGGCUGCCGUGAUUGGGUUCAGCAUGGGCGGCCAGCAAGCUUACCACUGGGCCGCCAUGUAUCCAGAUUUCGUGCAGCGCGUGGUGGCCAUCUGUUCGAGCGCACGCACGUCAGCCCACAACUACGCUUUCCUCGAAGGACCCAUCGCUGCCCUGACCAACAGCAUCGACUAUGUGGCCUGGCGUGCGAUGAAGGACAAGCUGGCUCGCGGCGAGGAUGUUGGCCAGAAUCUCCGCGAGCUGCUUCCCAAGAAGGGUAUCAAGGCCUUUGCUCGUACCUAUGCAGCCUGGCUGACCAGCGCUGCCUGGUUCCGUGAUCGUGAAUGGAACAGAGGGUCGUUUGGGUUUGCCAGUCUUGACGCCUGGAUGUCGGCUCGCGAGGACGGCUAUGUCAUCUGGGAUGCACAGGAUCUGUUGGCUCUGGCGAGGAUGUGGCAGUUGGGCGACAUUGGCUUGGUGGCUUCUAAUGCCGCCACAACCUUGGGAUAUGCUGUCCCUGAUGAUGAGGCUUUGCACGAUGCGUUGAAGAACAUCCGCGCACGUGUCUUGCUCAUGCCCUGUCGCAGCGACCAGUAUUUCCCUCCAGAGGACUCCGAGUUGGAAGCACAAUACCUCGCAAAUGCCACGGUCGACGUCAUUGAGAGCUCUUGGGGACAUAUUGCAGGAGGAGGGGCCAGUGCGAAAGACGCACAAUUCAUGAAUGAGCGCAUCAAACGGUUCUUAAGGGAGCAGUAAUCCUCUCAGGACUCACAGAAUUAUGAAUGAAAAGAUUGGAACGAGGAUGAACUCCUACAUGCAAUGCAUUCAUCCCGGCUAUUUUAUCAAAUGCUCUCGUAUCGUCGAGCAUGCUACUGUUGAAAGCUAACGAUAACCGCUUCAUGCGUCAAACAAAUAUAAU